GUGAAUGCCGAUAAUCGGUUAUUACCUUUUCCAUUGUGUAUACAUGGAUUAUGGCUGCUCACCGUGACCAUGUCCGAGACUGUAUCGGUGGAGCUCCCGACGUCUCUGCCGUACCCCAUACGGAUUACCAGGGUCCUGGCUGAUGGCGAAGUGCAGCGUGGAACGGCGUUGCUUGAAUAUGCGUUCACGUCGGAUGAGGCCAGGAAGGAGCUGGCCAAGGGUGGAAAGGGCGAGUGGGAUAUGGUCGGUUCGUGGGACAGCGCGAUCGAAGGGAGACUCGAUAGAUGGGAAGAAUGGGUCAAGCCAGGGACGAGAGUCGAGAGAUCGAAAAUUGCAUUGUGGCUCGAGCAGUCUUGCUCCCACCCAGUACAGCUGCAUGGAAUGUGUGGGGUCUGUGGAAGGGACCUGACAACGGACGACUAUCUCACACGAGGCGGACCAUCAAAGUAUGCUGGGAGUUAUGAGAUGUCACACGAUUCAUUGGGAGUGACCGUAUCGACGAACGAAGCUAAGCGUCUUGAGAACGUGACCAAGGAGACACUUCUGAGCUCGAAAAGGUUAUCGUUAAUUGUGGAUCUUGAUCAAACAAUCAUACAUACGACUGUGGAUCCUACCGUCGGCGAGUGGAUAGAACAAGGAAAAAAAGCUUUGGAGGAUGUGGCCAAGUUUCAUCUUCCUGACGAUGUCCCGCUGGGCUACACGGCGCCAGAUAGAUGGUACUACACGAAACCAAGACCCGGUGUCAAUCAGUUCUUGAGACGCAUGAACGAGCUCUACGAGAUGCAUGUCUACACUAUGGGAACGAGGACGUAUGCCGAGGCGAUAUGCAAUGUCGUGGAUCCAGACAAGACCUUCUUCGGAGGGAGGAUCAUCAGCAGGGAUGAAAAUAAGAGCUUCAGCUCGAAGAGUCUGAAGAGGUUGUUCCCGACAGAUCAGAGCAUGGUUGUGGUGAUUGACGAUAGGGCAGAUGUCUGGGGAGAGAUACCUAAUCUGGUGAAAGUCGUUCCAUACGACUUCUUCAUCGGUGUCGGGGAUAUCAACAAGGCGGAUUCAAUGGCCCAGACCAAGUUGCUGGACGCACAGAGCGAAGAUCGGCCGCUGGCGAAGGAGUCAGAGCCGUUGAAUAACGAUGAUGCAGAGUUGGAGAGAGUUGCGAAGAUUCUUGCUCAAAUCCACUCCACGUUUUAUCGAGCGUACGCGCAACGGGUGAAGGAUACAAUACCGAUGGGAUGCGAUGUUGAGGUGAUCAUACCUGAUAUAAAAUCAAGAGUACUGGAGGGAUGUACCCUGGUUUUCUCAGGUGUUAUACCGAAGCACCAGGCGGCAGAGACAUCGGGAAUCUUUCACGCCGCGGAAAUGUUUGGUGCGCGAACCAUGCUCGAUGUCGGACCGGGCAUGACCCAUUGCGUGACGGCCACGGUCGGUACAGAGAAGACUUAUCGGGCGAGUAGGAUGGACGCUGCAGUGGUCUGGGUCGAGUGGUUUCACAAGUCCAUCGCGCUGUGGAAACGGCAAGACGAGAGGGCCUUCAGCAUCAACGGGGCCGAAAGCAGUACAAGUCCGAAGCAAGUUGAGAAUGGGAUCCCGGAAGACGGUGUAGAUGAUGGCGGUCUUGACAAUUUGCUGGACGGGUGGGACGAGUCUGCGGAUGCCGAGUUACAGGCUUUCAUGGAAGGGAGUAGUGAUUAUGGAGAGGAUACGGAGAGCGUGGGUAGUGUCCCUGGUUCGCCCAGUAAAAAGAGAGUCAGGUAUGCCGACGAGGAGUCGCUGCCAUUGGAAUCAUUCAGAGAUCCACCAGAGGAUCAAGAUUGGGCUGGAGAUAGCGAUGAUCGGCCGGCAAAAAGGCGAUUGUUGCUUGAGGCGCCUACGGGGGACUAUGUUCCAGAGGGGAAUCGCUUCCAGUGGGAUGGGAAGAUGGACGAGAAUCCAACUGCUGAGGAUGAUUUGUUUGCACAGAUGUUGGAGGACAGUCUUGACAGUGAAAUAUCAUAGUACA